CCAGGAGCUGUAUAAGAAAAUGUGUAAAGUUGAUCCAGUGAAAACAUCGGGCGCAGUUCCUCUGUUUGCCAAAAAUACCUGAGAAAAUUACCUUAAUGCCUGUUUUCUCAAGGCUUCAGUGCUCAGUUUCAAAUCUUUUCUUCUUUUUCUUUUAUAAAUUGCAGCUCUGUUUAGAAUAAAAUAGAUGAUACAGCAAGUUAUACUUAGAAACAAUGUAUCAUUGUGUGAACAGCAUGGGUGUUGUCAGUGUGACACAUUGUCAGCUUCUUUAAAAAAGAAACCAUUAAGUAUUAACACAAAGCCAACAACAAAGUUGGUGAAGUGUUUACAUGUGGAAACAGUUACAGGUAGGCUACAGUGCUACAAGCCUGUCUGCUCAGCACUGCUUCGAUUAAUUGCUGGAAAUCAAGCUUUGGCUGGUUAGAUGGAGAUUAUUUGCUACUAGCUUUUAUGUUAGCCUUACCCCUUACUGUCACAUUUCCAUCUUUUGCACAGUAAAAAUAAAACGUUCAUAUAUCCACUUGCCUGCUGCAUCAUUUUCACUUUGACUUCCAGGGUGUUUUUGAAUUCAGCCCUCUGCAGGCUGAUUAUUUAUCCUUUUAUUCCUAACAUGUUACCCAGUACAUAUCAGUAUAAAUAUCCAGCAUGAUUUUUUUUUUUGGGCAAAGUGUUUCACAAUUUUUUUUGAGCAGUGUGUAUAGUAAUUAUGAUCUUGUACAUUUGCAUGGUGUUUGACUGCUGUCUGCUGAUUAAUGUCCUUCCACUACUCCACACAGGGAUGACACACCUGAAUGGAGAUGCUCAUGCCUGCUGAGGCAUUGACCUUUCUAAUCUCGUUAUCUGUGCUGUUCUGUCAACAUCUAAAGGGGACAGAGAGCUAAUCUCUAUGGGAACAUUUGCUAAUGCUGUUGCAUAACAUUUCAUCUUCACAAAAGCCAAGAGAUCAACUUUACGUAGAUAGCACAUGGAUGUCAGUUGCACAGGUGUAUUAUGUUAGACAUGAAAUCUGCAUUCUGAUCAUAUAAACUCUAAAAACAACUUAUUUGUGCAUAUCUGUUUUAUGGCCCCUUUUUUGUUGUUUGAAUUGAUGUUAGCUGUAUGAAAGGACUGGGGCAGACUCAGAUUAAAGCAGGAUUAGAGGUCAUGACAUCAUCUUAAGCUUUCGUUUCUUGGACAUGAAGAGAGGCUGAAGAUAAGCAAAGGUGAGGGGUGUGGCCAGAGAUGCCCACACUGACUGAACACUUGACUAAUCGUUGAGACGCUAACCCUACCACGCUGCCUUGCAUGUGCUUUGCCAUGAGUGUGUAGUCGUCUGAUUUAGAGGACUGAGAAGAGAGUGAGGCCAUGACGACGCUGCUCUGAAGGCAUUUUUUAGAGUCCUGUUGGGACAAAAUAAAACCCUUUUUUAAUAUCAUUUGCAAGCCAUGGUUUGAUGCAGAAAUUUGCCUGCAGCAGAAAUGCCUGGAGGCCAGUACCAGGUGGCGAGCGCCAGGCUCCACCACAGCCUCUAUAGCCUGACGGACAGCUCUGAUGCUGGGCCUGAGGAUGAGGAGACAGACAACCUCACUCCCCUGGAGAAGCUCACCAGAGAUAUGUGCAAGGACGAGCAGACCAUCAAGGAGCUGAUCAUAGGGCGCAGAAUUGGAUUCUAUAAGGUCCGCGGGGAGAUCGGCUACGGGACCUUCUCCAGGGUCAAACUGGCUUUUCAUGCUCUGACGAGAGACAAAGUGGCUCUGAAGAUCCUGGAUAGGACGAGGCUGGAUGCUGAAGCCCAGCGUCUUCUCUCCAGGGAGAUCAGCAGCAUGGAGGCCCUGCACCACCCAAACGUGAUCCGUUUGUACGAGGUUGUGGAAACGCCGAGACGCCUCCACCUGGUGCUGGAGUACGCAGGAGGAGGAGACCUCCACAGCAGGAUAUGCAACGAGGGAAAACUGUCAGACAAUACCAGCAAGAUCACCUUCGCCCAGAUCCUCUCUGCCAUCAAAUAUAUGCACAGCAUCAACAUCAUCCACCGGGACUUGAAAGCAGAGAACGUCCUGUUCACCAUCGAUGGCUGCGUGAAGGUGGCCGACUUUGGAUUCAGCACGCAGGUGUCAAACCGCAACAAUGCCCUGGACACCUUCUGCGGCUCACCGCCCUACGCAGCCCCAGAGCUCUUCAGGGACGAGUGCUACCUGGGGCCUCCGGUAGAUGUCUGGGCAAUGGGAGUCCUGCUUUUCUUCAUGGUGACCGGCACCAUGCCGUUCCGUGCCGAAACCAUGGGCAAGCUGCGGCGCUGCGUCAUUGAAGGCAAUUACACCAUCCCCCCCUGGGUGCCAGGCCCCUGUCAGAGGCUCAUAAAGGGCAUCUUGAGGCUGGUCCCCAGCGAGCGAUACGCUAUCGACCAGAUGCUGGGCUGUGAUUGGCUCUUACCUGUGGAGUUCCCCUGGUCGUUUCUCCCUUCCGACUCAGUGACCACCCUGCAGAGCCUGAUGGUCUCGGAGAACACCAGCCUGGAGGAGGAAGUGGAGGAGGUCAGAAGCUUGCUGGAGAAGCUCGGCUUUACCGCAGAGCACCUGCAAAACAAUCAGCUGAAAGACAGCCGGAGUCCCGUCACCGGGGUCUACCGCAUCCUGCUGCACCAGACCCAGAAGAAGAAGGGCUGCGACUCUCCCCCAGUAGUCCGAGGGAUGGUGAGAGACCCCAAGAGGGAGGGGCUCCGGGCCUACAGGGGCCUCAGGCACACCUCCAAGUUCUGUGUGCUUUCAUAAUAAAGCACUGCUUUUGCACAGACUUAUUUUAUACCAACUUGCAACAAACAGGGACAUUUUUAAGUGACUUGUAGCUUCUACCAUUUUUAGCUUUUGAUAAAUUUGUUUCACUCCUCCUAAUGCAACUCAGGUGUCAACCUGCAGCAAUGCCCCAGACACCUUCUGCACUGUUUGGAAUACCCUAAAUAUUAAAUAAACAUGGAAGUGCCAAAUGAAAUUAAACAAAGGUAGUAAUCAAUGAAGGAAUGUGUGUUUUCACUCAUUAAUUAUUACUUUUUAGGAAUAUUUAAACACUUAAGAGAAUGUUUUUUUUCUAAAUUCCCGAAGCCCAACAGACAAUAUAAAAGCUGUAAAAAGAGAGAGAAUGGGACUCUAUUGCACUGCUCUGUACAUUAAAUGAGAGAGAACGCUUAUACCCUGUUCAUGAAAGUGUAAAUAAAGUAAGGAGCGGUG